GUAACUAUGCAGGUACUUGAUGAAGAUAUUUUUUCACAUUACACGCGUUAAGAGAGGAUGACACAGGAUAAGAUAAGCCUAAGAUAUCAACUAACUCAACACAAAACCAAGUCUUGCUCCAUGUCGUGAUCAUUACCUAAAAGGUCGUUGUCAUCAUUUUAUCAAAGCACAAAGCAAGUUAAUAUUUCGAUUUAAGUAGUUACUUAUAAAUACUUAUUAAAUACGAAGAGUUUAAUGAGCAUAUUUUAAGAUGACGUAUUUUAAAACAUUUUGGACCUUGUUGUUUAUAGUAAAAGGGUACUUUGCAAUGGAACCAAUAAUACUUAUUCAUGGGGGCGCUGGGGAUAUUUCUGACAGUCGAGUAAAAGGAAAAUUCGAUGGUGUGAAGAUUGCAGUGGUGGCUGGUCACAAAAUCUUAGAACAAGGGGGAAGUGCAUUAGAUGCGGUUGAAGCUGCAGUUGUAUCUAUGGAAAACGAUGAAAACUUUAAUGCAGGUUAUGGAUCAGUUUUAAAUUUACGUGGCGAAGUAGCGAUGGAAGCAAGCAUAAUGCGUGGAGAGGAUCUCAAUGUAGGAGCAGUAACACUCGUCAAAGAUUUCAGUCAUCCUAUAAGCAUUGCACAUAAGGUUCUUACAGACUCGCCACAUUCGUUUUUAGGUGGUGAAGGUGCUAAAUUAUUCGCGUUGGAAAAGGGGUUCACGACAGUUCCUCCAGAGAGUUUGAUUUCUGAAAAUGCAAAAAAGGCUCUAGAGGAAUUCUUACAACAUGGUGAAUUUGGAAGAACUGAAAUUGGUAUGAAAAAUGAGGCUGGUGUAGGAACUGUGGGAGCUGUUGCCAUUGAUAAACAUGGACAUAUUGCUGUUGCAACCAGUACAGGAGGCAUGAAUGGUAAAGCUGUAGGACGUAUUGGUGACACACCACUUAUUGGUAGCGGAACUUACGCAGAUGAUAAUGUUGGUGGAGUUUCUACUACAGGUCAUGGUGAAUCAAUUCUUAAAUAUUGCCUGGCGCAUAGCAUUAUUAAACUGAUGGAAAAUGGCACUGAUGCUGCUACUGCGACUAGAGAAGCUGUUACUGGAAUGACUGAUCGUCUCAAAAAUACCGCAGGCGCCAUUACUCUAUCCAAGAGUGGGGAUGUUGGCAUUUUUUUCAGCUCCAAAAGGAUGUCUUGGGCUUAUAUUAAAUCAAACAAAAUAUACUAUGGAAUCGAACAUAACCAAAUCCUUGAAGAGGAUUAUAUUUCUAAGUAAACUACAGAAUACAAAGUUAUUGUGGA